AUGUAUAAACCUAUUAGCAAUUUUGACGGUAUUAAAAGUCCAAUUUGUGGCCAAGUAGAAGCGAGAAAAAUUUCAAAUGACGAAUUAUAUUGUUGUUCAAAAAAUACUAAGAAUUGUUAUCCUUUUUCAUCUGACUGCUUUGGCAGCGAUUAUCAAGUAGCCCAAUGCCAUAAUCUCACUAGGCUUGAUGCUUGUAAACGAACUGAUUUGGCUGCAGUCCAAGUCUGUGGAGGUUUGCAAAAUAGUUUAUUUUGCUUGUCUGUAGAUGCAAUUUCAAGAAGGGAUACAGACUAUAAUCGCUUUUCCAAAGCUGCUGAAUGGAUAGUGAAUCGCAGUACCGAAGCCGAAUCAAAUAACAUAACGGUUUGUGAUGAUGGAACUAGUUACCAACCAUGUAAUGAUGGUACACCUAACGGAACUAUUGCUAUUUUGUCUUGUGGGGAUUUAUUUAAAAGUGAACUACGAUGUAAUUGGAGUAAUCUUACUAUCAAUGAUGGCAAAAAAAUCGCAGACCUUCCCCGAAAACCCGUAACAGAAUUAUGCACUACCACUGUAGUAUGUCACGAUAAUACUGCUUUAAUUAUUGGCUUAGCCACUGGUGUAGGCGUUCUGGGAAUAAUAGUUAUUGCUUUAGUAGCUUUAUUUAUUCGCAAGUUGCAAAAGAGAGAUAUUCACGUUGAUAAUAUUUCUAAUCAUUCGUCUUCCGACAGUGAUGCUCCGUAG